UCGCCAUUGAGCAUGCGUCUCCACUCUUCCAACAUGGCGCCUAUUGGAGAGAAGUCUGCGAAGGCAUCGUCAGCGGAAAGGGAGAAUGACGAGGAUGAAUCUCAAAAUUUAUGGACAUCCAUAUUGAGCGAAGUUUCUUCACACUCCAGCUCGAAGUUGCCGUCAUGCAAGUCCAUAUUGGUGUUGGGUGAAGAUGAGACGGGAAAAACAACCUUGUUAUCAAGAUUACAAGGAGUUGAGGACCCCAAGAAAGGCUAUGGGUUAGAAUAUCUUUAUCUUGAUGUCAGGGAUGAAGACAGAGAUGACACAACAAGAUGUGGUGUAUGGAUAUUAGCAGGAGAAAAUGAACAUGAAGACUUACUACGGUAUGCCCUAACUGCAGAGAACCUAGAGCAUACACUUGUUAUUAUUGCAGUAGACAUGAGUAGACCGUGGAAUAUCAUGGACUCACUACAGAAGUGGACACAGGUUAUCAGAAGGCAUGUUGACUCACUCAGAAUCCCACCAGAAAAAUUAAGAGAACUUGAACAAAGAUUGGUACAACAAUUCCAAGCAUACACAGAGCCCGAGACGGGGAACGAUCCCUCCGUUUCGAGGAGAACGUCCGGCGUCACCAAACCCACAGGGACGGAGGACGAAGAGGUUGUCGUGCUUCCUCUAGGAGAAACCACACUCACACAUAAUUUAGGCGUUCCAAUUGUAGUCGUCGUGACCAAGUCUGACUACGUCAGCACAUUGGAGAAAGACCAAGACUACAGCGAUGAGCAUUUAGAUUUCUUACAACAGAAUGUCCGGAAAUUAUGUCUAAAUUAUGGUGCAGCUUUAUUUUAUGUAUCUGUGAAAGAGAACAAGAACUGUGAUCUGUUGAACAGAUAUCUUCUACAUAGGUUAUAUGACUUCCCAUUCAACUCGACGGCACUGGUAGUGGAAAAGGAUGCCCUGUUUGUGCCUUCAGGGUGGGAUAAUCUACAGAAAAUCAGUAUAUUAUACGAGAACAUGGCCAACAUAGAUCCAGAGAAGCAGUUUGAUGAAGUCAUCAUCAAACCAGUUGUCCGGAGGUUGUUACAAGAUAACAAAGAGGUUGUGGCAGAGGAUGAGCAGGUGUUCCUAAUGAAGCAACAAGCGACCAUUAGGAAUGCAGCACAAGGCAAACCAGGGCAGGAAGCUUCCCCAAGGGCGCAAGACACAAGACCAAUGAGAACACCAGAAAAGAGAAAUCCAUCAAACGUCCCUGCUGCAUCGCCAAUCACAGCACAAGGAAAACCAAAAAUCGAUCCUGGCAAACCAGGUUCUGCCAAUGAAGGUGUGCUAGCAAACUUCUUCAACAGUCUACUUAGCAAGAAGAGCGUCAACUCCCCAUCGCCCGGUGGCCCAAGAACAGGUGGUGAGAAGGCAGUCCGGAAUGAUGCAGCUGCAGAGCUUCACCGAAUGACAAAAGGUAACAAGCCAGUAGCAGGGACAGCACCAAGCUCAGAUGUUUCAUAAGGCUUAAAAAAAGUAUCAUAUCACCGUCAACUCGUCUAUGAAAAAAAAGACAUUAUAUCUUCUCUCAUGCGUCCAUUGAGGGCUAUUCUUAUCGUAGUAAAUAUAUUAUGAAGUCUACACUUGGCACAGAAGGCGACGUUCUUCGCAGCAAUGGCUCGAUUCUGUCCUUUAGCGAAUGACAAGGAUUUGCAAAGCAGCUCGACGGCGUGUAGACUUUGCUUCGUAUUGGGUGUGUCUUCGGUAAAGAGGUAGCAAGCUCUGCUAAGAAUCAAAAGAACGUCUUGCUGUAUAACUGCAUCUCUUCAUCCUUGACAUGUUUCUGUAAGCUGGAUGGUAAGCGUUUAUUGUCAUAGUGUAUGGCUGCUGUAGGUGUGUCUGAGGGCUUGUGGUCUGAAGCAAGUCAUCUGCAGCAUUGCCAAGCCAAUGCAUGCUUGCAGGGCAUUAUUCCCUAAUAGGUGAAGCUAAAACGAUGUCAAACUGCUGUUGUACACAUUUGAGGAUAAUAUUUUAGGUAUGCUCUACGUUCUAUUGGUCAGUGAAAAACAUUUAGAAAGGGAGAGAGAUAGAGAGUGAGAUGGGGGAGGGGUUGGGGACUUACGGCAUGCUCGCUCUCUCUCUCUCUUUUCAUCUCUAGCUAGAUGCAUAGGUGUACCUUCCUAGAAUCUUGUCAGAAAAACGGUAUGAUCGUUCUCUUGUAAUGUCAGCAAUGUGUGACCUCACGCUAAGGCUUACCCACCAUGCAUUUUGAAUGUCUCUCAUCUUUAUUACUUGCACUAAAUUACUUCAGCCGACUUCCAAAUCACAAGAGCAUCAUCUCUUUCCAAGAUAUAUGGUGUAAGCUGCAACAGUUCCUUCGAAUGUAACUUACUGAUGUGUCUGAAAUGCAAGUAUUGCAGAGCGACGGGAUUUUCCGUCUUGCUGUAAGAACAGAUUGAGAAAUCUUGGAGUAAUUUUUUUCUUGUCGGGUAGUGCAUGUGUAAGUCCACUCUAAGCCUAGAAUUUUAAAGUCUUGCAAAUGAAAGAGUAUUGUAUUUUAAGGUAAAAGAAAUUGAUGAACAAGAAUCUUAAAAGGUCCAUUUACCAAACCUUAAUAAGAAAGGUUUUGUUUUUCAGGGCCUCCCAUAGUUAUUUUGGUAACUCAUCCAUCAAGGGUGGGCUUGGUAUUUCAUAAGAACACUAUUUUUCAGUAGCUAACAGAUUCAAAUAUAUUGAUAUUUGCUCUCAAGCAAAAUAUGGAGCAGUCCCUCAUCUUUAUAUGAUCAAAUUGCAAAGACCUCAUCAAAGAUUCCGGAGGAGGAUUAUAUCCAGUACAUUUGUUUUUUAAGAGAGGGUUUAUUUUCUGCGGGCCUCAUUCAGAUUUGGUGCAACACAGCUAUGUGAAGAAAUGGUGAUAAUUAUGCCCUACAUGUAUCUGAGAAAAGUGCACUAAAAUGUCAUGCUCCCA